AUGCUUUCCCUUGAAGACUCUCUAGCCUCUCAAUCCACAAAGUGGUCUGUCUUCUGGGCUAUUGAGGGGCAAUCAGAAUCCGGGGAGUGCCGGCUGUGGUGCAGACUAGGCGCAAGUAUGAUUUUACUGCGUCUACCAUCUUCAAUGGAAGAAGACCUUGACCUCUACGGUCGAGCUGACGAAUUUGACUUGCCCACAGGCCUUAUCCAGAAAGCCGUGAGAAGACGGAUGCAUCCCCUGGGCUAG